UUGAAGAUGAUAAGAUCCACACAAAGUGUGCACAUCUUUAUCUCAUUCAUCCGUUACCAGCCUGCCCAAAAAUCCGGCCCUUAAAUUCCUAUAAUCCUAUAUAAUCUCAAGCAGAUCAGGCUAACAUAGGAGAGAAAAGAUCGAUGGAUCAGAGGAUAGAACACUCCUACCUGUUAAUCAGAGGCCUGAAGCUUCACAUAGCUCACAUUGGAAAAGGUGAAACUGCAACUCUGCUCUUCGUUCAUGGCUUCCCUGAGGUAUGGUACUCAUGGAGGCACCAGAUGGUUGCAGCAGCAGCAGCGGGGUUCCGUGCUAUUGCACCUGAUUUCCCAGGCUAUGGCCUCUCGGAGCCACCGGCUGACCUAGCACAGGCGUCAUGGGAGGGCCUGAUGAAUGACCUCCUGGCCAUUCUGGAUUCCCUGUCCAUUCCCAAGGUAUUCCUUGUUGCAAAGGAUUUUGGAGUCAAACCAGCGUAUGAUCUUGCUCUCUGUUAUCCAGACCGUGUAUGUGGUGUGGUGAGCUUAGGUGUGCCACCUCUUGUGGAAAGCCUUGGUUUCAGUGAACUUCCUGAGGGAUUUUACAUACACAGAUGGAAGGAACCUGGGAGAGCAGAGGCAGAUUUUGGCCGAUUUGACACGAGGAGGAUCUUGCGCACAAUCUACAUCCUCUUCUCCAAGAGUGAGAUUCCUAUUGCCAAGCAAGGGCAAGAGAUCAUGGACCUUGCAGAUGAAUCAACACCCAUGCCCCAGUGGUUCACCGAAGAAGAUCUCUCAGCAUACACCAACCUGUAUGAGAAGUCAGGUCUCAUGGCUGCUAUCCAGAUUCCAUACAGGACAAAGGCUGUAAAAGCAGAAUGUGCUAAUCCAAGGUUUCAAGUGCCAAUGUUUGUGAUUAUGGGUCAGAAAGACUACAUCCUCAAGUUUCCAGCACUGAAGGAAUACAUGUCUAGCGAAAAGCUGAAAGAGAUUGCCCCAGACUAUGAGAUUACUUACAUCCCAGAAGGAUCCCAUUUUGUUCAGGAGCAAUUCCCUGACCUUGUGAAUCGGAUCAUGAUAGACUUUGUGAGUAAACAUGUAUGAGAUAGCAACAAAAACAAGGUGCAAUUUGACAAAUUGCUAGACUGCAAAAGGUAACAGAUGAGCACGGUAAGAGUUGACUAAGUCCGUGCUCGUGAUGGUUAAGAACCUAUAUUAGUAUUGUAUGAAUAAAUGUGCAACUGAAAAGUGAUCCUUUUCCCGCAGAUUUAAUACUACAAAUUUGUACCAUCUAGCAGGACAUGAUGUAAUAACUAUUUCAACUUACAGUAGAAUAAAUCUGUGCAUUAUGUCAAGAUAUGGGGACCUGGAAACCUGAACCACAAACUAGCAAGAACUAAAUGGUGUCGUAUGCUAAGAUGACAUGAAAUAUUAUAUUAACCUGUAUAAGCCUACUCUAGCAUGUAUGUUCGUGAUUAUGGUUCAGAAAGACUACAUCCUCAAGUUUCCAACACUGAAGGAAUAUAUGUCUAGCGAAAAGCUGGAAGAAAUUAACCCAGACUAUGAGAUUGCUUACAUACAGAAGGAUCCUAUUUUCUUCAAGAGCAAUUCUCUGACCUUGCUAAUCAGCUUAUGAGAGACUUCAUCAGUAAACAUGCAUGAGAUAGCAACAAGCACGAGGCGCAGUUUAAUAAGAUCUCAGUAUUUAAAGUAAUAGUUGAGCACAGUACAUUAACUGAUAUUCACCAGUAAAGAGUGUUUCUUUGUAAUGUGCAACUGAAAAUUUAUCAGUUUCUAGAUUUAAUACGAAAAAAAUUGUACUACCUAGCAGGAUAUGAUGCAAGAACUAUUUCAACAUCCAGUGGAAUAACUCU